AUUCCUUGCUCGUGGUGUGUGUAAAACCAUGGCUUCUCAGGAUGUUGCAAACUUCUUCCAGCCGCUUUCCUCCUGGAUGUCGCGGGUCUAUGAAGCUCUCCAGGAAGCAGGGGACUCUUUGGCUUCUUCUUUGACCAGUUUGGGAAGCCGAGCAGAACGCUCUACAGUUGAAGAAGAGGAUGAGGACUCAGGAGACUGGAGUGAGUCUUACGAGCGUUAUUCUGAAGCUUCAGAUGAUGAAAGCACCUCUAGCCAGGACAGUGAGGAAUCUUAUCCCUUCUCAUCAUCUGAGCAUGACCCUGCUUCAUUGGAGUCUUCCUGUGCUUCAGAGCUGAGCUGGAAAAAAGGUGGCCUCCCCUUGGAUGCACAUUCUGAAGAUGAUGAUUUGUUGGCAUCCCAUGGAGUCAACCAAAGUUACAAGGGCCACCAACUUACAGAAGCCCUCCCCACCAUCCCUGAGGAAGAGGAGCACCUUCCUUUCUCAAAGAGUAAGAACUGUUCACACAGCUGGGAUGAUUUGGAUGGAUUCAGCCAACUGAGUUACCAAGAUAAUCUCUCUUUUCAUGAAGAUGACCAUCUAUCCCUCGACUCAAGGACUGCGUCAGAGAGCAGGGAGUCUGGGCAACCCAGAGACCUGGGAAUGGAGGUCAGUGCAACGCCGAGCCUCAGCCGGCAGGAAACAGAAGGGAGUUUAGAAAUGGAGACGGCCUUUAGCAAUCAAGGGUUUGAAGGGAUUGACGUCACUGACAGCUCGUCAGCCUGGAGUCCAGAGGAACAUGAAGGAGCGAGUGCCCUCCCAGCUCAUCCCAGCACCCGGGAGCCCAUUUCCAAAUGUGGAGACCUGGAUGUCAUCCUUGAUUAUAGGCCUUUGAAUCAAAAGCUGCAGGUGACCAUCUUGGAAGCAAAGGAGAUUCCUGAUAAGGACCGGAGCGGAGUGAGUAGCUGGCAGGUCCGUGUGGUCCUGAUGCCCAGCAAGAAGCAAAGGGGAAAGUCGAGUGUCCAACGAGGUCCCAAUCCAGUGUUCAAGGACAAAAUGAGCUUCAGCAAGUUGGCACCGGAAGAGCUGAGGAACAACGCCCUCCGAUUCCGCCUCUAUUCAGUGCGCAAAAUGAUCAAGGAGAGAAUGAUGGGCGAGCGGUUCUUUUAUCUCAACAGCCUCAACCAGGAGGGGGAAAUGAAGGUGACGCUGGUCCUGGAGCCAAGAAGCAAUUUGUAUAGCGGAGGCUCCCAGAUCAGCCUGUCAGCCAUCUCCCACAGCGACAGUGUUUCUUCACACCAGUCCCUGUCACACGGAGGGGUUCCAGAGUUGCUGGUAGGACUAUCGCACAACGCUACAACGGGACGGCUAUCAGUAGAACUGAUCAAGGGCAGCCACUUCCGGAACCUUGCUAUUAACAGGCCACCUGAUACUUACGGAAAGCUCUGCCUUCUCAACUCGGUCGGCCAGGAGAUGUCACGCUGCAAGACGUCCGUCCGGCGGGGCCAGCCAAAUCCCGUCUACAAAGAGACCUUCGUCUUCCAGGUGGCCUUGUUCCAGCUGUCGGACAUCACGCUGAUGAUCUCCAUCUACAACCGGCGCAGCAUCAAGCGCAAGGAGAUGAUUGGCUGGCUUUCCAUGGGCCAGAACAGUAGCGGAGAAGAGGAGCUCAGCCACUGGCAAGAGAUGAAGGAAUCCAAGGGGCAGCAAGUCUGCCGGUGGCACACGCUUCUGGAAUCUUAACUGAAGCCAUGAUGGAUCCCAUGCUCUUUGGGGUGGCUGUUCUGUCUCUAAGGCCCAAAGCAGAGAAGUCGUCACCCUGGCAUUUGAUGUGUAAAAGACUGAGUUCAUAGUCGUUGGACUUAGCAAUGCUCUCUGUACUGUCACAAUGACUGUGUUUCUCUUUUGCACUCUCCCACCCCACCGGCCCCUCCAUGGACCACUAGAAAUCUCUUGAAAUCACAACCAGCCACUGGACAGUAGAAAGCUGUAUCCUGCUCAGAGCUAGGGCCAACUGUUAUCAUGACGGGCUUUGCUAAGAACAAGGCCUUGUUUCCUCUUGGUCAUGAAGAUCAUAGAGCCAGAUCUGGUAGAUGGUGCAAUGGCCUUAUUGUUAGGAAGAAUGGAAAGUUUGCUUUAGAUUGGGAUAUACUGGGAAACAUACCAGCGCCGUCUUGAAUUUGAAUUUUCACUGGAGAGACUGUGUCUCACUUAACCUGAUUGCAAGAGUUGAGAUGAGGUUUGCACAAAUGAUUCUGAAUAGAAUGUUAGAGAAAGGCCAAGAAGUCAAAGGGGAAGAUGGGGUUUAGGGACUACAAGGUAGGGCAGCAUGGAAGAAACUGGGUGUUAAAACCUCUGGUCCAAACUUGAUGGACUCCCUCUCCCCCCAAAAAACCAAAAAAGCAAAGCAUCCUACUUAUAUACUUCCCCAUAGUGCU